AGUGUUUAGGCAAUAAAUACGGUGUGUUUCUUUCUUCCUACACUUCUUUUCGUUUCUGUACACAGAAGAAUUACAUAGUUAUAUUAAUAUCUCUAAUUAUGUAUCUAUAUAUUGGAGCUGAUAGUUGCAUUUUUUGGGAAGACAAAUAAAUCUUCCGCCAUGGAUGCAUUUCUUCUUCUCAAUCCACUUUUCUGUUUCCUCACUGCGGCAUCAUUCUUGGCGUGGUUAGUCUUCAAACGGCAUCGUACAAACCAGAAGCAGGGGGUGCAGCCUCCAUCGCCGCCGAGGCUGCCAAUCUUGGGGAACCUUCACCAGCUAAUCGGAGUGGAUCACCGCUCAUUACGUGACUUAGGCGCAAAGUAUGGCCCGAUUAUACGGCUACACAUCGGAAGCCAGCCGGUGAUCUUUGUCCAGUCAUCUUCCACAGCUGCCGAGAUCAUGAAAGCCAAUGAUCUUGUCUUCGCUGAUAGGCCCGGGCAUAGGAGUAUGAGGCAAUUUUUCUAUAAUGACAAGGACAUAUCCCUCGCCCCUUAUGGUGAAUACUGGCGGAAAUUGAAAAGCAUUUGUGUUCUUCAUCUGCUGAGCAGAGAACGGGUGCCGUCUUUCCAUUUCAUCAGAGAGGAGGAAACUGCAAUUUUGAUCGAGAAGAUCAAAGCCUGCUGCAACUUGCCUGUCAAUUUGAGUGCGCUGUUUAUGUCCUUCACUUAUGACGUGAUCUGCAGAGCAUCCUGCGGAAAGAAGUACAGUGGAGGGGAAGAUGGAAGGAGGUUUCUAAGGCUGCUAACAGAGCUUAUGCAGCUGUCGGGGAGGCUCAAUGUCGGGGACUUUUUUCCUCGGCUGUCGUGGAUUGAUCGCUUGACAGGAUUCGACAGGAGAGUCGACAGGGUUGCUGAGGAAGUCGAUGAGUUCUUGGAGAUGGUAAUUGAAGACAACAUAAACGGAUCGGAAAUUGAAGAGAGCUUACUCAGCACUAUGCUCAACGUCUACCAGGACAACACCAUCGACAGAGACAGCAUAAAGUCCCUUAUCUUGGAGAUGCUUGCCGGGGGCACUGACAACACAGCUGCGGCGCUGGAAUGGACGAUGACAGAACUCCUCAGAAACCCAAAUGUGAUGAACAAAUUGAAAUCUGAAGUGAGAGCAAUCCUGAAAGACAAGAAUCACACCAUAAGUAUAACCAACGAUGACUUGGAACAAAUGCAUUACCUUAGAGCAGUGGUGAAGGAAACUCUGCGCCUUCAUCCUUCAAUACCAUUAACGGGUAGAUUAGCGCUGCAAGAUGUGAAGGUUAUGGGAUACGACAUUCCUGCCGGGACCAAAGUCUUUAUCAAUAUUUGGGCAAUCUGUAGAGAUCCUGCAUCUUGGGAUGAACCCGACACAUUUAAGCCCGAGAGAUUCAUCGGCAGUUCAAUAGACUUCAAGGGUGUCGAUUUCGAGCUGAUUCCAUUUGGGGCAGGAAGAAGGGGCUGCCCAGGAAGUGGAUUUGCCAUGGCAGGCAUCGAGCUUCUGUUAGCUAAUCUUAUAUACAAGUUUGAAUGGGAUUUACCAAACUGGGAGGAGUUGGACACUGCAGAGAAACGUGGUCUCACUAUCCACAGGAAGCAUCCUCUUUUGGCUGUUGCAACUUUAGCUCAAUUCUAGAAAGAUUGAGGCAUCUUAUUUUCUACGAAAGCAGUCACUGUCUAUUCGUAUAAACAGAUCUUCCCCUUAGUUUGUUGAAUAAAUCGAUUAAAAUAGUUUAUAGAAUUUACUUCACGAAAACAAAAUCUCUAAACCGAUGCAUUAAGUGUAUUAAAAUCAAUCUAUAGAUAUUUUUCUCAAUUAC